CUCUGCAGAAGAUAUACAUGAUGAAGGCAUUCGUAACUCAUCUUCUGGUCCUCAUAGGCUUGAUCCGUUCCAGCCUUGCACAGGGAGACGAAAGCCCAACAGUCAAACUCCCUGGUUCUCUGGUCCACGGCAUAUUCGCUAAUGGAGUCGAUUCCUUCUAUGGCAUGCCUUAUGCCGAAUCUCCAGCUGGCCUUAACCGCCUCAAAAGGCCCGUGAAAAGAACAAAGCCUUUGGGAGAUUUUGAUGCCACCACAAUCCCACCAGCAUGCCCCCAGGGCCAUUUCGAAGCAGUUGAUUCUGAUGAAUUAUGGCGCAAGAGGUCUCUCAACGCCGACAGCACUCUAGCAAAAUGGCACGCAGCCCAUCCCGUACAUACUUCAGAGGACUGCUUAACCAUCACAGUCCAGCGUCCAGCAGGAACCAAGGCGGGGGACAGCUUGCCAGUUCUGUUCAUGCUCACUGGCUUCAGCUUCGUCAUAGGAACGCCGUAUAGGUAUAAUGCUACCGAUUUCAUCAAGUUCAGUGCUGAGAUCGAGCUGCCAUUCAUCCUUGUAACUGCCAACUACCGAACCGGGCCUUGGGGCUUCCUGCCUGGCCAGCAGGUCAUGAAGAACGGAUCUACUAAUCUGGGUCUGCGUGAUCAGCGAAUGAGUAUGGAGUGGGCAUCAGAUAACAUCGCAGCUUUUGGCGGUGAUCCGGAUAAAAUCACUCUCUGGGGACACGCAUCUGGUGGUGUCUCGGUCCUCGAUCAUCUCGUGAUCAAUGGAGGCAACGCAACAUAUAACGACAGGAAACUCUUCCGCGGUGCUAUCAUGAGCUCUGGAAGCCUCAUGCCCGCAGAGCAUAUCGAUUCGGAAAAGUGCAAUAAAUUAUAUACUAAAAUCGUGAAGGCCAUCGGCUGCGAGCGGAAAAGGGACACCCUGCAAUGCUUGCGUGAGAUACCAUAUUCCGACUUUGAGAGGGCGACCAGUUCCAUCCCCGGGGCUCUCAGCGCAGAAGCCUUGAGGUUGGUGUACGUUCCUCGACCUGAUAACGAUUUGAUACGAUACAGCCCAGAGGUGCUUCUCAAUAAUAAUAUGUUUGCCGCAGUGCCCAUGAUCUUAGGCAAUCAGGAAGACGAGGGCACGAUAUUUACCCAGAAGCAAACAUCAGUUAAUGAUACAAAGCCACUCAGCCAGUAUCUUCGCACACAAUACUUUGGCAACGCAACCAAACGCAACAUGGAAGAUUUCCUCAAAAAAUACCACAAGAAGCCUUUUGAGGGUAGCCCUUACCGCACUGGAGACGACUUUGAGAGUUGGGCUGGCAAGAAGCGCUUAUCGUCUGUCAUCGGCGACGUCUUCUUCACUCUUUCUCGGCGUGUUGCAAUGGAAUUUAUUGCCUUGUCUCAGCCUCUCCUCCCUAUAUGGGGAUACCAUGCGGCGUACGACUACAGGAACGGCGACUCUAGUGCCUACGGCACUGCUCAUGGCUCAUUCGAAGCUAUGAUUUUUGGCACAGACGAGUAUAUCGCUUCGUAUACAACUAGGACUGCAAGAUGGUAUUUAAUUAAUUUCGUGUACCACUUGGAUCCGAACAAGAAACAUACCGAGCUUGUGGCCUGGCCCAAGUGGACGCCUGAUGAGCCACGGAUGCUGAUAUUCAACAAGACGAACAAUGCUAAUAUGCUGGAUGUGCAUCGGAAGGGGAACUCCAAGUUCAUGAAAAAAAACAUAGAGAAGUUCCGAAUCUAGAGAAUGGAAGUUGAUAAUAUAGGUGA